AUGUCGGUUCUUGUCAAUGGAAGCCCUACUAAAGAGUUUGAAGUUUAUAGAGGAUUGAGACAAGGUGAUCUCUUGUCACCUUUUCUUUAUGUCAUAGCGGCGGAGGGAUUACCGGGAUUGGUGAGGAAAUUUAUUGAAAUGGAGGAGUUUGCUAGUUUUGAUAUUAGAGGGGAGUGUUCGGUGGAUAUCCUUCAAUUUGCGGACGACACUUUAAUGGUGGGGGAAGGGUCUUGGAAGCAUCGACUUUCUUCUCUUUUACAAGGGGUUUCGGUUGGGGCGAUGGGAGGAUGGAUUGAUGGCAAUUGGGAGUGGGGUGAUUUUGGUAUAUCCGAAGCAAGGUUGAUGGAGAAGGAUUUGGUGGGGAGGAUUAUAAUGUUGCGGGAGAAUCUAUCGCAUUAUUUAGGGCCGAAGGAAACGCUUGAGAAGGAUGAAGUGUGGUGGGAAGGGAGUGUAGGAGCGGAAUUCACGGUGGCAUCUUGUUAUGAAUUCUUGGAGAGGAACAUAAUACCUUACGGACCUUAUGGAAAACAUGACGAGGCUUUCCAUUUUUUGUGGAAAGCGGAAGUACCUUUUAAAGUUAAGGCGUUCGCUUGGAGACUUCUUCUUGAUAAGCUUCCUACGAAGGAGCUAUUAGUUCGUAGAGGUGAAGGAUGGCAAGAAAGUUGUGGUUUGGCUUGCAACGACUUGGUCUUUAUGGGUAUUAAGGAAUGGGAUGUGCUUUCGGGAGGAGGAUUGGAAUUUCAAUGA